UCAAGCGAUACGGACGUCGAUUCCAAACCGUCAUAAGCAAAAUUCAUUCCUUAUUCGUGUGUUGUUCACAAACCAAGAGAAACUCAACGAUUGAUUUUACUUCGAUAUUUUUUCUUCCACAUGAAAUGUUAUUAAAAAUAAUUUUAAUCGUUUUCUUCUAACAAAAAAAUUGGUGAUGCAAAAAUAUUGAUACAAAAUCAGCAAAAUUGACACAAGAGAAAACUUAAAAAUCAAAAUCAUUUCAUGGAAGAUUCCUAAUUUUGACAAAGUGAAACAAAAAUUGUGCAUUUCCAAAGACUCAUUUUACUGUGAAUAAGCAAAUUACUACGAAAAUGAUCAAAACACAACCGAAUUUUGUUUCGAUCCGUGACCAAUUCUCAGUUAACUACGAACCUAGUCCCAAUGAACACGAUGUGAAGCCAAUUUUUGCAUCGAAUCCAUAUGGUGAAAGCUACAUCGAUCGCGAUCACAUGGACGUGAAGCCACAGCCCAACUGGCAGUACCCGGAUGAAAUACCAGUCAAAAUUGAAGAAAACCACAAUGUGAUUCGCUAUCCACAGUAUCCAAAAUAUUCACCGCAAAGUUUUGACACCAAGUAUUCCGUGCUACCACCGUUAAAUUCAACAUGUUUACCACCACCAAUCACCACCGAAUCCGUUCAUUCAAUGCCAACGUCGACGAUUCGAUACGGUGGCACAACGUUGCAGCAAAAGUUCAGCAAUAUGACAAUGCACCAAUCGGUACCACAAAUUGACGAUGCACCAUUGCGAUCAACGUUGGCUUCAGUGCCAUUGGUAACAACGAUAACAUCGACGACGAAGAGCACAACAUCAACGUCUACAUCGAAUUCGACAAACACCAGCUCAACUUCAUCGUCAAAUACAAACACAAAAACAGAAACAAAAAAGGGUGCUCGCCGUCCAGAAAAGCCGCCCAUCAGUUAUAUCAAUUUGAUCGCCAAAGCGAUUCGAUCAUCGCCAACCAAUCAACUCACCCUCAAUGAAAUCUACACAUUUUUGCAAAACGAGCAUCAAUUUUUUCGCAGCGACUACAUUGGAUGGAAGAAUUCCGUACGUCACAAUUUAUCGCUAAACGAAUGCUUCCUGAAAGUCAACAAAGAACAGAGCAAUGGAUUGGGCAAACCCGGAAAGGGUCACUUCUGGACGAUAGAUCCAAAAUCGAAUCAUGAAUUUCAAGAAGAAGGAAGUUUACGUCGACGCACUCGUGGCUUUCGUCGGCGCCAGCAAACAAAAUCAUACUCACAGCCGUACACCCAUUUCCCCGUUUACUGCGAUUAUCCCAACACUCGAACGGAUGAACGCAACGAAUUUCCGAAUUCAAAUUACUAUACAGAUCAAUACGCUCCAUAUGCACCACAAGGAUACCCACCGCACGGUGCCUACCAUUCGACCGACGCUUACCACUCAACUGAUGCCUCAGGUGCACCAAUGCAUGCUCCACGAUACACAUUCGAUACAUCAGCUUUCCCGUCGGCAUCGCUUCCGAUCUAUGAUCAAAAGUACCAUCAACCGCUGUACAAUGAAGGUGCCAAAUAUUAAAUUGAUUACAUAAAUAGAAGAAAAAAAACGAAUAACGAUUCGAACAAAGAACGAAGCCAAAACGAAAACAGACCAAGAAACCGCAGACCAUGCGAUAAAACAUACUCCAUUUUUAUGAAACUAUAGCAGUAAAUUAGAUUUUAAGUAACAACCAGAUUUGUAUGAAGCAUGAAGCUUGAAACUCAAAAACACUUUCAAAAUUAAUUGGGUGUUGACAUUUUUUUUUACAAAUAAAGAA